UACGGCUCUGCAGCCUUCAGGCCUCCCUGAAAACUCUGAAAAAUCAGAUAAAAGUGCAUUCCGAGCGGUUGCGUGCUAAACGGUAGCUUAGUGUUGUGUAUAUUAGUGAAGACCACACGUGGGAAGUGGGACUGAGCUUUAGUGUUGUCGCGCCGCGAGUGCAGUGGUGUGAUGCGGUGGAGGCGCUAAGGUAUGAGCGCGGCGCGCGCGCCCGAGCCCCGCGACCGCGAACCACCGCGCCACCACCACCGGCCUCACCCCCACCAGGAGUCCUCGCCAACAUUGACGAUAUUAUCCUUCAAGGGCUCAGCAGAUUCCAACUACUCGCAGCCAUCAUCGGAGCUGUCGCUGGACGAAGACAAGGAGGCGCUGCGCCGCGAGAAAGAAGCGCAGGCACUCUUGCAGCUCGACAAGGCACGGUCGAAGCCCGUCGCGUUCGCAGUGCGCACGAACGUGUCUUACGAUGGCACCAUCGACGACGACUCGCCCGUUCACGGCAGCGCCAUCUCCUUCGACGUGCGCGAUUUCCUGCACAUCAAGGAGAAAUACGACAACAACUGGUGGAUCGGGCGUCUCGUGAAAGAGGGCUGCGACAUCGGCUUCAUCCCGUCGCCGGUGAAGCUGGAGGCGGUGCGCGCGGCGCUGGCGGCGCGCGGCCGGGGCCCGCGGCCCGCCUCCGCCGCGCUCGCCGCCGCGCCGCCGCCGCUGGCCAGCAGAGGUAGCACCCCUCCCACGCCCGGUGAGGACUCAGAUUCGGCAGGACGAGGGCGCGGUGCGGGAGCCCUGCCGGCCGGCAAGGACAAGCGGAAACCGUUCUUCAAAAAGCAGGAGGCCUGCACACCCUACGACGUGGUGCCUUCGAUGCGGCCCGUGGUCCUGGUGGGACCCUCGCUCAAGGGAUAUGAAGUUACUGACAUGAUGCAAAAGGCACUGUUUGACUUUCUAAAGAGAAGGUUUGAGGGCAGGAUAAUAAUAACCCGCGUGAUGGCAGAUAUAUCGCUAGCUAAGCGUUCACUCCUCAACAAUCCAUCGAAAAGAGCGAUAAUGGAACGGUCCAACUCGCGUUCCACCUGCCUCGCUGAAGUCCAGGCUGAAAUAGAACGGAUAUUCGACUUAGCGAGGACCCUACAGUUGGUGGUGCUAGAUUGUGACACGAUAAACCAUCCGUCACAGUUAGCAAAGACAUCGCUUGCCCCAACAAUUGUAUAUUUGAAGAUUUCUAGCCCAAAGGUAUUACAGCGGCUGAUCAAGUCACGCGGGAAAGGACAGAGUAAAAACUUGUCGGUGCAAAUGGUGGCCGCUGAGAAGCUGUCGCAGUGUCCGCCGGACAUGUUUGACGUCAUCCUCGAGGAGAACCAACUUGAGGACGCUUGUGAACACAUUGCUGAGUAUUUAGAGACAUACUGGCGUGCGACACACCCGCCGGUUGUGGCGACGACGGCUGUAGGGGGCGCCGCCGUCGGCCUGGCGCCGCGUCCGGCGCCGCACGCCCACCACGCGCACCACGCGCACCACGCGCACGCGCAGCCUGAUCCCCCCGCACAUCCUGGAGGACACCGUGAAAGAUCAGACUCCUAUAACUACGAGAGAGAAAGAGGCGGCAGGCCGCGGCCCGCGCGGCCCGAGCGGCUCGAGGAGGAGUACUACCCGCGCGAGCGGUACCAGCGCUACCCGCGGGACCACUACCCGCGCGACUACCACGAGGGCUACGCGGCCGAGUACCCGGCGGGCGGCGAGGCGUACGGCCACGACUACACACGCGAGGCGUACGCGCGCGAGGAGUACGCGCGGGAGGAGUACGCGCGCGAGGAGUACGGGCGGGAGUACGCGCGCGAGGAGCGGGGCCGCGCGCGGGAGCGGGACGCCGCCGACGAGUACGGCCCGUCGCGGCGCGCGCUCAACGCCGUGUAGCCGCCGCCGCCGCUAGGUCCCACGUGGUGCUUCUGAGACCGGUUCUUUUGCGGUUUCGUGUAUCCUUAAUCUCCGGCGACGGGCAUGGCUUCAAACUUUUCGAAAUAUUUUAAAUCCUUCCGACGCUUAUUUUAACACGUGUUGCAAUCGUGUGUGCUCGCUGUACUCGCUCCGUAAUCAUCUCUUCAGAAGAGAACUAUGCACACGUUUGAACUUUGACCGCCUCGAGGUGCGCUUAAAAUCGAAGGCUGGCGGCAAAGUGCAAAUGUUUGCUCGAACUUUGGUACCAAAGGGCUCAAAACAUUGGUACUAAACUUCGACUCAGGUACUCGCGCACUUGGAGCCACGUCCGGCGCCGCUUAAUGUUUUAUUGUCGCGCAUUCCUUCGGCCCUCUCGGUCGCCGACGCCUGAUUCGCUGAGCUUUAGUGACACGCUUCUCGGGCGCGUGUCCCCGUUUCCGUGUAUGUGUAAGAAGAGGACGGAGAGACCGCUACGUGUAUAUCGGAGAGAGAUGUAGUGUAGGUUAGCGUGCUGAACCACUCGCACUCGAUGGUACGGAGCUCGCGUCGAUUGUAUAAAUUUUACAUAAAAAUAAUUUUAGUACCGUUAGAUAUUAUACGUUUCCCAUUUUUUGAACAUACUCUGUAAUUAUAUUGCAUCGUCUGUACUUCAUUGUUGCAAUCAUUUGUAAAUAAAAUACUUUAU